ACACAGCAGCUCAGCUGAAACAAAUACACUCCGCUCAAAGCAGACCUUCCUAGUGGUUCUGAAACAGUUUGAUGGUGAUGGACCUGAGAGGCGCUCCUCACUCAGUGAAGCUCUGGCAGCUCAACGGGACGGACUAUGAGCCACAGUGGACCCCCAAACAGGGGAGUGAGACGCGCUUCAGCAGCUGGACCCCGCUGACCAACAAGCAGAGCAACCUGCAGCUGUUUGAGGAGCGGAUGAAGCUUGUGCUGCACUGGUUUGAUUUGUGGACUGACUCACAGAGAAAACACCUCCUGCACUCUCUGCUGAUGCGCUGCACCAAGUCACAGCUUAAGAACUGCAGAGAUAUGCUAAAUGAGACGCUCCCUGUAACCCGAGUGGACUUCACAGCAGUGCUGCCUCGGUUUCUGUCCCUGUAUGUUAUGUCCUUCCUGUCCCCUCGGGACCUCUGCAGUACUGCCCAGGUCAGUUGGCAAUGGAGGGUCCUAACAGAACAGGACUGUCUUUGGGCAGGCCGUUGUAUCAAGAGAGGUUGGUUUCUUCCCUAUGCUCCAAAAGAAAAGGAGUUCGGAGCCUGGAAGAACCACUACAUCUCGUGCGUCUCCACACUGGACUGGCUCACUCAUCGGGAAGCAGCCGAGAUGUAUGGGACCCUCAACCAGGCAAACAUGGGGGUAACAGAGGAAGAAGAAGAGAGGCGCAAGGAAAGGAGGAGAAGGCAGAAAAUCAAGGAGGCAGUAAAGGAGGAAAAGAGACUGUCCAUGACAAGCAGGAGAGCAUGGGGUACUAACCCAAAGCCUGAAAGAUCCAGAGGUGGAAGUUCUCAGACAGACAGGUCCAGCUCAGAGUUAGCGGUGAGAUCUUGGCCCUCCCUCUCCUGGCCACUGAGGACAGCUGAGUCUCCCGCCACCAGUCUCAGUCCACACAGAGGACAGCUGGAUGGAGCUCAUAUGACAAGUGUUAGCAGACUAUUUAAGGCAACGACAAUGUCGCCUUCACUGCCACACACAGUCUCUGCUGCCCUCUUACUGCUCAUCUCCAACCGGAUUCCUGCUUAUGAGCUGGUUCUCAGUGGUGUGAAGGCCGGAGUGACCGUGGUUCUGUAUGACCACAGAGGGACUCUCUCUGCUCUCUUAAGCCAGAUGGAGAGGGCUGUUUCAGGGCAGCAAGUGCGAAGGCUUGGCCUUCUCGUACCAGGAGGAACAGAGGAAAUUCACCUCGUUAAUGGCAGUAUUCUGUCCGAGAGGACUUUACCAUACCCAGAUCUCCAGGAAUUCUGGGUAAAGCUGUGUGGCUUGGUGGCACCAGGUCAGCAAGGAGGUGGGAUUGAUAUUUUCUGCCCGCUGGCUGCAUCUGCAUCAGGUCUUGCUCUGAUGUGUGAUCUUUCCAAUCUGAUUGGUCUCAAAGUUCGAGCACCUUUGGGUCUCGCCACAGGCAGUUUCCAGAACAUCCUCAGUGAGUGGUCCGGUGGAGACGGUGGUGCUGUACCUGUGGAACAGGACCCAGCAGCUCCAGCUCUGCAGUAUAUGUUUGACAGUGUGUUGCUGGGCUGGUGUAGGCAGGCUCAGUGGAUGGAGGAGGUCCUGGGACAGCUGAGGAACUCCCUGGAGCUGCAGCUUCAACAGGCCAGUGUUCAAGCCAGAGGCAGAGCUCUGGGACUCUUUCUGUGGGAGAAAAUCUGCCUUGAUAAUCUCUGUGUGUCCAGAGAACUCAGUGAAGCACUGACAGUAGGACUUACAACUCUAAGCAGACAGGAAGAUAACAGACCUGUAGAGUUUCUGUCCAGCUUCCUGAUGAGAUGGAGUAAAGAAGAGGACGGAGAGAGAAACCAAGCAGCAGGUGGUUCAUCUUCAGCCCCUCAAGGCUUAGAAACAUGUCCGGGUCUGAUCCAGGAGCUACCGCAGACACCCUUAGAUUGGAGAUGCUCAGUUGGAAGAGAGGUUCUCCACAGCGAGCGCCUUUAUCUGGGAAGGCUGAGUGCUGUGUUAAAGGUGUACCAGGAGCCUCUUAUGGCAGCUUUAAGCUCCAACAGAGCUAUCCUUAGCAAUGCUGACAUCCAGAUUAUCUUCCGCCCUGUCGCAGUAAUACUUCAGCUCAACAGUUUGUUUCAGGCUGAUUUACAGACCAGGCUGCAGCAUUGGGGUGCAGACCAGUGUGUUGGAGAUGUGUUUGUGAAGCUCUGCUCCAAACUGAACGUCUACACUAACUACCUUAAUAAUUACAUCAAUACCAUCCGCACCAUUGAUAAGUGCAGGGAGGUUAAACCUGCAUUCCGGGCUUUUCUGAAGAGAGCAGACAGAACUCUGCCGACACACAUGCUGAGCCUGCAGGAGCUGCUGCUGUGUCCAGUGUGGCGAAUCCACGAGUACGUUACUCUGCUUCAAGCUCUGACCUUACAGACACGACCCGGUCACCCCGACUACUCAGACCUCUGCUCCGCCCUCAAUACAAUGCUCCAGUUCAGGGAGUUCAUACAGAAGUUAAAAAGAAACUCAGAGGCAGACAGGCUGCUGGAGGAGACGCAGAAACGGAUACAGGGCUGUCCGAGCCUCAUUGAAGGAAACAGGCAGCUGAUAAUCACUCAGGACGCCAUGCUGCUCAGGAGUCCAGAUGAACAGAUCCCAGACUCACUGAGGACUUUUGAGCAUGUUUUCGACGUGGGACUUUUCCUGUUUAACGAUGCUUUAGUUCUGACCCGGAGAAGGUUGCAGCACACACCUUUCACUGUGUGUCAUCUGAGCACACACACUUUCUUGGCCUCCGUGGCUCUUUCCAGUCUGGCAGUCAGAGAAAUCCUGCACACACGCUACGUGUCUCAUGCCUUUGUCCUGAACGGGCCGCACCAUUCUUGGGUUUGUGCAACAGAGCAAGGUGAGGAGAAGGAGUACUUUCUGUCUGUGCUGCGAUCGGCUAUAAACUCUUCCCUGGCAGGACACCAGUGAAUGGAUGAUGAAGAUGCACCAGAAAGGCUCUAUGUGUACCGCCUGAUGCAGCUGCAGCGUUUCCUGGGUCAGGGCGUCUACCACGGAGCCUAUACACCCCCCAAGGGGAAGCAGCUGCCAGUC